AUGAGAGAUUGUGCUGAGGCUCCUUCGGGCGCCGUACCUGCGCCUGCACCUGCAGCCGCACCCUCGUCCAGCAGCCCCGCACCGCGCGCAUGGCUCACUAGUGCUCGCCGGCCCAGGACGUCGCCGGGUCCCAAGCGCUCUGCCCUGAGGGGGACGCUGCUGUCCGACGACGACACGCGCCGGGACUCGGCCCUGACGUCGUCGCUGUGCACCGCCAACGAGCCGCCGUCGCCCCACAGCCUGCACAAGACGCCCAGCCUGCCGGCCAUAGUUGUCCACGACGACGACCUCUCGCCCGCGCCCACCCGCUCGUCACAUGCUUCACUCGACCUGGGCCAUGGCGCUGCCUUCACCGGCCUCGACACCAUCAUCCCCACCGGCAGCCUCGACGACCUCACCUCGACCUCGCAGGUCUCCUUCACGAAGCGGGGCAGCAUGCUGUUGGGCGGCAAGAAGGCGAACAGGCGCAGCAAACACAUGGGCUACGGCCUCGCGAGCGCACCCGAGCCGAGCACCCCGCCGCGCUCGGUCGGGCAGGCGCAACCCAAGGACCAGGACCCCGACCAGCAGGAGCUGACGCCACCCGCCCCGUCACAUCUCACGCCACGCGUGCCCUUGCAUUACAGCGUCCGCGGGAGGUCUACCAGUGGGCGCGUGCUCUCUACCGACGAGAUGAUGCUGUCGCGCAAGGUGCGCACCAUGUACAAGCACGGCAAUGAGAGCGCUGUCGACUGGGACGCGCCAGACGAGGAGGCGAGCAGCGGCAACACCAGCGGCUUCGACAACUGCAGCACGCUCAACACACCGGCCAACACAUCGUCCUUGGCAGUGGACGGCAACCGCGAGGACGCAAAGUCGUUUGUGAGCUCGCGGCGUGGGAGUGUCAUUGUGAAAACAGACGCAGAAAGAGCUGGGGGGCUGGAGGACUGGACCGAUCUGCAAGGCAACGAGGUCGAUCGCUAUGGCUUCAUCGUCCCCAAGAAAGUAAGAUCUAAAGACACGGCCAAUGGCGAGGGGCUGGAUGGGCCUGACGAGCCGCGUCUCCAGCGCGUGACGACGUCGCUACAGCUCGUAGCACAGGAACCACGGCGGCGACACAUCGGACGCAGCGUAUCAAGAGCGCGAUCCAUUCGAUCAUUGGACCCCCGAACAGAAUCCUCUAGGCGGCGGGCAUCAUGGAAGUCUGCCAGACCCUCACGAUCCAUCUUCUCCAACCAGACCUCAGGUACACAUGCCACACAAACCUCACUGCGACACGCGGCCAACAAGCUGCCACACAACAGAGAGCGACGGAUGCUGGACGAGGCGAGCGACAUGCUCAAGUUACCACCUGGCUUGGCAGAGGUUGCAGAACAGCGAGAGGGAGGCAGGGCAGCGCGGGCAAUGAGGACAAAAGAGAUUGAGCGGGACGAGAAGUGGCGCAACAUGGCCAAGGUGGUCAAACUGGACGCCCCAAUAGGCGGCAUGCUCUUUGAGUUCGACGUCAAAGAUCCGAAAGUGGUUUCCCGCACUUGGAAAGGGAUACCGGAUCGCUGGAGGUCGACUGCAUGGUACUCCUUCCUCGCUGCAAGCGCCAAAAACGACCCAAACAGCCCCAGCGAAGAGGAGCUGAUUGCGAGCUUCUACGAACUACAAGCGGAGAGCUCAGCAGAAGAUGUGCAGAUUGAUGUGGAUGUGCCUAGGACCAUCAAUCGACAUAUCAUGUUUAGGAGGCGGUAUCGUGGAGGACAACGAUUGCUAUUCCGCGUACUCCACGCCAUGUCCCUGUAUCUGCCCGAGACAGGUUACGUACAGGGCAUGGCCGCGCUCGCUGCAACUCUGCUCUGUUACUACGAAGAGGACAGAGCUUUCGUUAUGUUGGUCCGCUUGUGGAUGCUUCGGGGCCUUGAGCGACUUUACGAGUCAGGCUUUUCGGGCCUGACAGACGCCUUGGAAGACUUUGAGCAAAACUGGUUACGUGGAGGUGACAUUGCUCAAAAACUGGAGGAGCUGGACAUCCACUCGACCGCAUGGGGAACACGGUGGUAUCUCACUCUGUUCAACUAUUCGCUACCGUUCCCAGCCCAGCUGCGCGUCUGGGACGUAUUCAUGCUGUUGGGCGACAGUUCCUAUUCGAGCUCCCCGACGUCCAAAUUCAGCGGCGACCUAGACGUGCUGCAUGCCACAUCUGCCGCACUAAUCGACGCUACGAGGGAGAUCCUGCUCGAUUCGGACUUUGAAAACGCCAUGAAGGUCCUAACGUCUUGGAUCCCUAUCAAGGACGAAGAACUCCUCAUGCGCGUGGCAAAGGCCGAAUAUAGGAUGCGCAAGAAACGGGCCAAUGCUUGA